AUGGCUGCUGAGAUAAAGAGAGAAUACAAUCUGGAGGUAACUGAUGACCAAUGUGCAAAGGCGAAGUCAAAACUGAUUAAAGAAAAGAAAGCUAGUCAUGAAGCCCACUUUUCACGAAUCUGGGAUUACCAGGCUGAGAUAUUUCAGAGUAACAAAGAGUCUAAAUUUGAGAUAGAGACUAUUCCAGGGGCAACUAUCGGCAGCAAGCAAAGGUUUUAUCGUCUAUAUGUUUGUUUUAAUUCACAAGUUUUGGCUUGGAAAGAGACAUGUAGACCAAUCAUAGGAUUAGAUGGAGCUUUUUUGAAAUGGGAUAUAAAAGGUCAUCUAUUAGCUGCUGUUGGAAGAGAUGGAGAUAAUAGAAUAGUUCCUAUUUCUUGGGCAGUAGUUGAGAUAGAGAAUGAUACUAAUUGGGACUGGUUUGUUAGUCAUCUCUCUCAAAAUCUAGGUCUUGGUGAUGGAAGAAACGUAGCAAUCAUAUCAGAUAAACAAAAGGGUUUGGUCAAAGCUGUCCACAAUUUACUUCCACAAGCUGAACAUCGACAAUGUGCUAGACACAUUCUAGAUAACUGGAAAAGAGAUAGCCAUGACAAGGAACUAGAGCGCAUGUUUUGGAAGAUAGCACGCAGCUACACAAUGGGAGAAUAUGCUGAUAAUUUGGAAGAGUUGAAAAGGUACAAUCCUAAUGCUCUUGCUUCUCUGCAUAAAACGAAUCCUCCAACAUGGUCUAGAGCGUUUUUUAAGAUAGGUUCGUACUGCGAUGAUAACCUGAACAACCUUAAUGAGUCUUUUAAUAAGACCAUUCGCCAAGCAAGGAAAAAACCUUUACUGGAUUUGUUAGAGGAUAUUAGGAGACAGUGUAUGGUGCGUAAUGCAAAGAGGUCUAUUGUUGCUGAGAGAUUGAAGACAAGAUUUACGAAGAGAGCACAUGCUGAGAUAGAAAAGAUGAUAAAGGGGUCGCAGCAUUGCACCAUAUACAUGGCAAGAAAUAAUUUAUAUGAGGUUGAGCUGAAUCGUACUAAUUAUCGUGUGGAUAUGAAUGAGCACACAUGUGGUUGUAGGAAGUGGCAGAUGGUUGGUAUACCUUGUGUUCAUGCUGCAUGUGUUAUCAUAAAAAGAAAAGAGAAGGUUCAAGAUUAUGUGCAUGAGUAUUACACAACAAUAAUGUGGCGGAAAACAUAUAAGGAUGGUAUUGAGCCUGUCCAAGGCAUGCAGUUGUGGCCUAGAUUGAAUAAGUUACCUGUUCUGCCACCACCAUGGAGAAAAGGCAACCCUGGAAGACCUAGUAACUAUGCUAGGAAGAAAGGAAAAUAUGAAACUUCUUCCUCCUCAAAUAAUACCAAGUUAACACGUUUGUUGAGAGUCAUAACAUGUUCAAAUUGUAAGGAAGAAGGGCACAAUAAGGCUUCUUGUACAAAUGUGAGUGUGGAGAGUCAACCAAAAAGACCAAGGGGCCGACCAAGAAAAUAUCAGGAAGGAUUGACAGAAGGAGUCGGAUCACAAAGACAAUGUGUUUCACAAAAACAGGGAGAAGGACUACAAAGUCAAGAUGUUUCACAAGGAGAAGGAUCGCAGAGACAAGAAGAAGGAUUAUAA